AUGGGUCUCGGAUGCCCAUUCACGCUCAUCGGAACGAAUAUAUCCGAAUCCACCAGCUGCGUUUAUCUGGGACGGGAGGUGAACAUAAUGAACGACUUGACCUCUGAACUGGGCAAUAGGGGACGAGCGGCUCAGGGAGCGUAUAAUAGCAUUGAGGAUGUAGUGAAGAAGAAGAAGAACACCCGGCCCCGUGCUCACCUCUUCAACACCACCGUACUUCUUGCUUGGACCUAUGCUUCGGAAAUCUGGGCAUUUCGCAGGCAGGAGGAAAAUGCGGUGAACGUCAUUGUACGCGAAAUUGGGAGAGUGAUGCUAGGAGUAUCCCGCUUCACGCAAUUGAGAGACAAAAUUCGAAGUUCUCUCCUACGUCAGCGAUCGAAAAUUAGAGACGCCGCUGUUUUCGCCAAGAGAAAUAAAAUAAGGUGGGCCGGAAACGUAAUGCGCUUUAACUACAACCGUUGGACUAGAGCCGUGAGCGACUGGGUUCCCGCGAUUUUAGGCGCACUACAGGAAGAUCGCCAACCCGAUGGUCAGAUUUCUUCAUGA